AUGGUAAGUGCUCACGCACCUACGGAGAUCGCAGACGAUCAGAAGAACGCGUUUUAUGAUGAACUCAAUAUGUUGAUAUCCAAGAUACAAAGUCAGCAGGCGGUAAUUGUCGGAAGUGAUGCGUAUGUAAGGAUGGGACCUCAACAGCAAUUCGAUGUACCUGGAAAAUGGUUGUAUCCCAUGGAGCAGACAUCGGACAACGGAAAUCGUCCGAUAGACAUUGACGCAGACGAAUCUCAUCAUUGCGUCCACGUUUGA